AUGAUAGUAAAUGGAGGCAAGGUAGGAGAGAGAGAUAGAGCUGAGGGAGGGAGAGAUCUCAGAUUUUGAUCCAUGAAUCUCCUCUCUCUCUUAGUAUCGCCCUGCAGAUAAACUGCUACGAUGCUCUGCAAAAGAGGAAGCCGGAGGAGCAGCCCUGGUGUCAGAAGUCUCUCAAACACAAAUUCCAGGAUUCACUGAGGGACAAAGAAAGGAUCUUGAAUCGCAGCAAAAAAAUGAGUUUCAUAAAACCUGAGAGUGAGUGCACAGUCAUAACACAUUAUCGACAGCGUUAUUUACUAAAAUAAGAAUUUCCUAGAAUUCAAAGUGGAUUUCAAAUUUAGGGCCAAAAACGCUGAACUGAAAACAAAUUGACCAAUUUGGCAAUUUCAAAUUCACUUUAAAUUUCCGACAGUUUUUACUUUAGUGACUAAUCCUGUAACCCUAGCCGUGGUUUGGACGGUGUGGUAGUGGUGGUGGGAUAUCUAGAGAUAUUUAGUGAUUAACCCUGUAACCCUAGCCGUGGUUUGGACGGUGUGGUAGUGGUGGUGGGAUAGCUAGAGAUAUUUAGUGAUUAACCCUGUAACCCUAGCUGUGGUUUGGACGGUGUGGUAGUGGUGGUGGGAUAGCUAGAGAUAUUUAGUGAUUAACCCUGUAACCCUAGCUAUGGUUUGGACGGUGUGGUAGUGGGAUAGCUAGAGAUAUUUAGUGAUUAACCCUGUAACCCUAGCCGUGGUUUGGAUGUUGUGGUGGUGGGAUAGCUAGAGAUAUUUAGUGAUUAGCCCUGUAACCCUAGCCGUGGUUUGGACGUUGUGGUGGUGGGAUAGCUAGAGAUAUUUAGUGAUUAACCCUGUAAGCCUAGCUGAGGUUUGGACGGUGUGGUAGUGGGAUAGCGAGAGCUAUUUAGUGAUUAACCCUGUAACCCUAGCUGUGGUUUGGACGGUGUGGUAGUGGUGGUGGGAUAGCUAGAGCUAUUUAGUGAUUAACCCUGUAACCCUAGCUAUGGUUUGGACGGUGUGGUAGUGGUGGUGGGAUAGCUAGAGAUAUUUAGUGAUUAACCCUGUAACCCUAGCUGUGGUUUGGACGGUGUGGUAGUGGUGGUGGGGGGAUAGCUAGAGAUAUUUAGUAAUUAACCCUGUAACCCUAGCUGUGGUUUGGAUGGUGUGGUAGUGGGAUAGCUAGAGAUAUUUAGUGACUAACCCUGUAACCCUAGCCGUGGUUUGGACGGUGGGGUGGUGGGAUAGAGAUAUUUAGUAAUUAACCCUGUAACCCUAGUCGUGGUUUGGACGGUGUGGUAGUGGUGGUGGGAUAGCUAGAGAUAUUUAGUGAUUAACCCUGUAACCCUAGCUGUGGUUUGGACGGUGUGGUAGUGGUGGUGGGGGGAUAGCUAGAGAUAUUUAGUAAUUAACCCUGUAACCCUAGCUGUGGUUUGGACGGUGUGGUAGUGGGAUAGCUAGAGAUAUUUAGUGACUAACCCUGUAACCCUAGCCGUGGUUUGGACGGUGUGGUGGUGGGAUAGAGAUAUUUAGUAAUUAACCCUGUAACCCUAGUCGUGGUUUGGACGGUGUGGUAGUGGUGGUGGGAUAGCUAGAGAUAUUUAGUGAUUAGCCCUGUAACCCUAGCCGUGGUUUGGACGUUGUGGUGGUGGGAUAGCUAGAGAUAUUUAGUGAUUAACCCUGUAAGCCUAGCUGAGGUUUGGACGGUGUGGUAGUGGGAUAGCGAGAGCUAUUUAGUGAUUAACCCUGUAACCCUAGCUGUGGUUUGGACGGUGUGGUAGUGGUGGUGGGAUAGCUAGAGCUAUUUAGUGAUUAACCCUGUAACCCUAGCUAUGGUUUGGACGGUGUGGUAGUGGUGGUGGGAUAGCUAGAGAUAUUUAGUGAUUAACCCUGUAACCCUAGCUGUGGUUUGGACGGUGUGGUAGUGGUGGUGGGGGGAUAGCUAGAGAUAUUUAGUAAUUAACCCUGUAACCCUAGCUGUGGUUUGGAUGGUGUGGUAGUGGGAUAGCUAGAGAUAUUUAGUGACUAACCCUGUAACCCUAGCCGUGGUUUGGACGGUGGGGUGGUGGGAUAGAGAUAUUUAGUAAUUAACCCUGUAACCCUAGUCGUGGUUUGGACGGUGUGGUAGUGGUGGUGGGAUAGCUAGAGAUAUUUAGUGAUUAACCCUGUAACCCUAGCUGUGGUUUGGACGGUGUGGUAGUGGUGGUGGGGGGAUAGCUAGAGAUAUUUAGUAAUUAACCCUGUAACCCUAGCAGUGGUUUGGACGGUGUGGUAGUGGGAUAGCUAGAGAUAUUUAGUGACUAACCCUGUAACCCUAGCCGUGGUUUGGACGGUGUGGUGGUGGGAUAGAGAUAUUUAGUAAUUAACCCUGUAACCCUAGUCGUGGUUUGGACGGUGUGGUAGUGGUGGUGGGAUAGCUAGAGAUAUUUAGUGACUAACCCUGUAACCCUAGCCGUGGUUUGGACGGUGUGGUAGUGGUGGUGGGAUAGCUGGAGAUAUUUAGUGACUAGAAAAGAAUAUAAAUUUCAGUAUGUUAAAGAAUGUACAAUAGCCUUGUACUAAUAAAGAUGUGACAGGCCUGGCCGGGAGAAGACAAUCUCCUGUCAUGGUUCCAUUUUGGAAUUUUUAGGGGAGAUGAAGAUUUAGAACAAGAUUGCAAAAAGAAGAAUUGAACAAACUUGUAAAUGUGAAGCAAUUAGCAGAUAAACACUGCAAGGGCAAGCUGUCCAAUUGUUAAUAUUAUUGUUAUAUUACUUUAUUAAUUAUGCACUAGCAAUAUCAAGUUCCUCCUACAGGUUAAAUCCUAGACUCAAUGCACAAGGGUUACUAUCCAACUCAGUGAAUCCAGUGAAGGUCACCCUGUCAUGUUUUUGUGCUUGCCCACUUGGCAGGGAGCUCAGAGCUUAUUAGAAACUCUUAAAGGGACAGUGUAAGCACCAGAUCAACUUAAGCUUAAAGAGACACAAUAGCUCAUUGAAAUGGUCUGGGUGCAUAUUCCCAGGUCCCUUAACCCUGCAAAGGUAAUUACUCCAGUUUUUAAGAAACUGAAAUAACUACCUAUUAGGUAGACAGCCACUAGAGGGACUUUUGGUCACCUGACACUGGCCAUCCUCAUGCUAUGCAUUGUAUAAUGCUUUCCAUUUCUAGCUGAGCCACCUUCAUUUGAUUCAAGUUCAAUUAGGGCAGGAGAUAACUUCUACAGUAAACACACUGUGAUAUAAGAUAUGAUUGAAACAAACUUUUUUUCAUGUGGGUCACAGCCAUUGGAGGUGUGAUUAGGGCUGUAUAAACAAAGUGUUUUGACUCCUAAAUUGCAGAUAAUUGAGCUGUGAGACUAUAGGGGCAUGAUCUAUACACUAAAACUACUUCAUUAAGGUACAGUUGUUUACCCUUUAAAAUUAUAUACAUAGAGUACUGUCAUAUCUUAACCACUGAGGGUCACUAUACAUCCAAUAUGCAACAAGACCAUGCAUUACCAUAUACAGUCACUAGAUGUCAGCAAAGAACCACUGGCUCUAUAAGAGCAGGUUUGAUGGGACCGCAUUUUCCUAGCCAGUAAAACUAGCUAGUAGUCUAUUAGUAGUAGUCUGGCCAAAAAGUUAGUGGCAGCUAUUAAUCAUAUAACAGGUAUUAGUGCCGGUAAUUAAUCACCAAAAAAGGAAUUGUAGUGGUUGGGCAAAGGACUUUAAUAUUCGGGGUACAAAUCAAUUGAUUUUAAAAAUUAACCUCUAAGUGACUAUUUUAGCCCAAACUCUGAACGGAUUGUCAGCUUAUCACAAUGCGCAGUUGAGUGAACAAACCCCACAGAGUAAAUGGCGCUAUUUAAACCUUGUUGCUGUGUUCUCCCUGCCCCAGGCACAGGGCCCCCUCUGCAGCACAGCCUUCUGAGUGCCCCAUUUAUUCUGCACAUGAUCUCCGACUGUCUGCUCCUCUCCUGGCUCCACUUCUACAUUUCAUCCCUCAACCUCCAUCUUCAGAGUAUAACAGAGAAUCACAAGACUGCAGGUAAAACAACAUCAUGGAGACCAUUAAAGGGACACUGUUUAACCAUUUAAUCUAACUGUAGUGAUUAUAGUGCCUGGAGUCCUUUGGCGCUGUCCUUCCAUUAAGUGUUAAACAAUCUUAUCACAUUGAAGUGGUUAUAGUACUUGGGAGUCCUCUGGCGCUGUCCCUCCAUUCAGUGUUAAACCAUUUUAUCACAUUGAAGUGGUUGUAGUACCUGAAGUUUUCUGGCGCUGUCCCUCCAUUCAGUGUUAAACCAUUUCAUCACAUUGAAGUGGUUAUAGUACCUGGAGUCCUCUGGCGCUGUCCCUCCAUUCAGUGUUAAACCAUUUCAUCACAUUGAAGUGGUUAUAGGACAUAAAGUCACCUGGCAGUGCCCCUGCAUUCAGUGUUCAACCAUUGUGGAGCAGUUUAACACUAAAUAAGGUUCCCUGGCUUCCCAGAGCUCCGCCCCCACUGGAGGUGUGGUUAAGACCAAGAUUACACACUUCCUUCAGCCAUAUCAUAUUAUGCCAGCAAUGGGCACUGUGAUAGGCUGAAUGCAGUCAGCUGACAGUCUCAGCCAAUCACAGCCGCCCCUUGCAGCUCAGGAUAAUGCUUCCUUAUUAGCCCAGGUAAAACAGAGAGGAUGUUUAGUAUUAAAUCAUUAAAAACAGAAUAAAACUGAAAGGGAGGACAGUGCCAGGGGACCCCAGACACUAAAACCACUUCAAUGAGAGGCAGCCAUUAGAGAGCCUCUAGUAUUCCUUUAAUCCGUCCAUACAUCACUUUAUUAAUCAUUUCUUUACCCUUUAGAUUUUUACUCGUCGCUUUUUGGAGCAUUGCAAAUGCUAGGCCUCUUUACAGCCCCACUCAUUUCAUGGCUUCUACAAACAGCCAGAAACUCCCAGACAGGCAGCGAGACCUCCAGAACAAGGUCAGUCAAAAAUAUUACAAAUAAUCCGACGUUAGAAAAAGUCACUGUGUGAGCCUGUCCUGAUAUGUUCUCACGCAGCCAGCACUGGGGGAGCCUGUCCUGAUAUGUUCUCACGCAGCCAGCACUGGGGGAGCCUGUCCUGAUAUGUUCUUUCUCUGCAUUAGGUGCAAGUCUCAGAGCUCGAUUGAGAGGCUAGUUGUAGUGUACACUCUCAGGAUUCUCGCUGUUAUUGGGUUUGGAGUGAGCUGUCUCGUCCCCUCCCUGGGGCUGCAGGUAUUAGACGAGGGAUCUCAUUGUCUCAGAGCUUUCAAUGUCUAUCCCUGGCAGUGAGUAGAACUCAUUGUCUGACAAUAUCUAACACUGAUUAGCACUCAGUAUCUGUAUAUAUCCCCAUGGCAGUUAGUAGCACUCAGUAUGUCUCCAUAGAUAUCCUCAUUGCAGUAAGCAGCACUCAGUAUGUCUCCAUAGAUAUCCUCAUGGCAGUGAGUAGCACUCAGUAUGUCUCCAUAGAUAUCCUCAUGGCAGUGAGUAGCACUCAGUAUGUCUCCAUAGAUAUCCUUGUGGCAGUGAGUAGCACUCAGUAUGUCUCCAUAGAUAUCCUUGUGGCAGUGAGUAGCACUCAGUAUCGGCCUCUGUAUUUAUCCCCAUGGCAGUGAGUAGCACUCAGUAUGUCUCCGUAGAUAUCCCCGUGGCAGUGAGUAGCACUCAGUAUGUCUCCGUAGAUAUCCCCGUGGCAGUAAGUAGCACUCUGUGUCAAAGCGUUUUCCCUGCUGCCAUUUCUGUUCUGUCUCUUUCAGGUUUUAGGGUUUGUGCUACACGUGUUGGUUAGAAGUUCCAUGUUCCUUGUCACGUUCUCGCUGUUUAACACGUGGUGAGUACUGACAACGUGUGAUUUCUCAGCACUGCCCGCUCAUCAAAUACAAUGCUACCAAUUCCAUAUUUCAGGUUUCCGGAGCGGCACUACGGGGCACUGCUUGGAAUUUACAUAUUUCUGUCAUCGCUCCUCACCCUCUCCCAGCAUCCUCUGUUCCUGCUGCUCACCGGCCCUUUAAACAGAGACCCCUACUGGGUGAGUAAAUGUUCACGUGGGUGUGUAACUAUAUGCUGUCUUCAUGAAUUUGGUAGCUUUACAGGCUUUUCUUUAGCCACGCUUUCCAGCACCUUCUCCAGUGUCUGUUCUCCUGCUCAUUACAUCCCUAGCAGAGGUCCAACUACUGUCAUCCUUGCAGGUCUCUUACAAACCCACUCUGAAUCUCGUCUCACAGUCCUGGCUCUCCUUAAGUACUCCUAAUAAUCUCACUCUCUUCCAGAUCCACAGCGCAUUCUUCGCCAGUUCCCUGAGUGCCAUCUCUGUCCCUCUCACUUUGUGCAUCAAAAAGCGGAUGCUCUCUCACACUCCACUGCCAUCUAGAGGAUGAAUCUGUACAAACGGGAUAAACAGGGCAAUCACUCUGCUCCACCUUUAUUAUCCCUUUUACUGCUACAGACCACAUGAACACACAAAGCUCAUUGUUAUAGUUUUAUUUCCAUAAAUGUCACAUUAUACCCUAAAAAAAAAAAAAAAAAUUUACUAACUGCGUCUGCCCCUCUCAGGUAUGAUAAGAACCCACUCCCUACCCCAAGUAAUUCUGCUCCUGGUCCGCUUCGCAACAUAAUGCUUCCUUACCUCUCUCUUGGACCCUGAAAAUGGCAUUUGAAGUGUGACUGCAGAGCAACACACCGACCUGGCCAUCCCCUCCUCUGCUGGGUAAUUCUACUAACGAUAGCAACAAUUACCAAUCCUCCUCUGGAAAAUAUCAUUCAUCCUUAAAGGAGACAUUAAACCAUUAAAACCAGCCCCAACUUGUAAUAUUUUCAAUCAGAGCACUAAACCAGGAAACUCGUUGCCUGUUCUGCUGUCUCGACUGCGCACUCAGGGCCUCAGUAAUUGUAAGAGCAGGACGGAAGCAGGCGGGUGCACUCUGUAUAUGAAUACAUUAAUACAUGUACAGUUUACAUGUACAAAUGGAGAAGCAACAAAUGUCAGUAACUGUUCUGAAGUAUCCAUUUAUAUAUUUGCAUUGGCCAAUGUGCAGAUUUUGACAACAUACAUCCCACCCAGAGUCCAAAACGUCCACAUUCCCAGCACGAGGACAAAGGGGUAAAGUGACAGAAAGAGGAUUCCUCGGUCCAUGACGGAGACAUGCUGCCUGUUCCAAGACACGCGCACACAUGGUCAUUUUUACCCCACGCCCUUCAUCCCUCCUCCUUUACUGGUGAGACGGUAAUGAAGGUCUGGCAGGGACUACUUGAAGGAUGGAUGGCUCUGGAGGUCUGUUGCAGGUAAACGCAUAAGAAUGGAUGGUGGGUAACAGAAGCCAGGACGUCAAAAGAAAAACGGAAUAUAAAGUCGGAGAUUGAGGAUCUGUGGUGGGUCCCUCAAUGUCACAAGUUCUUCGUAGAACACACGCAGGAAAAAUCCAGCACAAGAGAGGAAGGAAGAUUGGACAGGCUGGAGCCUGAGGGGAAUCUGCAAGGAAAGGG